CACCAACCACUGUGCCACAGUCAUCUUGUCGACGGGAUGUUAGUUGUAUGCCAGAGGUGCUGUACUACAAAUUGGAGUAAAACAAUGUGUGUGUGCAAAGCAGCACGACGGAAUGGUAAUGUGAGAUGCGAGACAUGAAUUCUAGAUGAAUAUACGGGACAUAUAUGCCGAAUAUACGGGUCUACAUUUUUAGAUCUCUUUGUCCGUUCUUUUUUAUUUGUGGCAACGUAAGAGCGACAUGUCCGAUCCGGAGUGGGACACUCACUUGCGACCUCUCCGUACAGUCUUGACGAACGGGCUUCGAGUAAGCGGUGCGCUACUGGAUCUUCUAGUGCAGACGAGAGUGUUGGACAACGAAGAGAGAUCGAUAGUAGACAGAGUGUAUCCUAAUACUGAAGAGGAGAAAGUGCGCCAAAUGCUAGAGUUACUGCAGAGAAAACCAGCAGGCACGUUUGACAAGUUUUGUUCUGUACUGGAAGACUCGAGUAUUGGACGUGAAAAACUAGCCAAAAGGCUGAGAUCAGGAGAAGGCGAAGACGAAGUGGAUGCCAAAAUGGAAGAAACGUCAAAUGGUGACAACAUUGCAAGUGACAAAAACCACGAUGUGCGAGGACAGAGACCUGUGGUGCUCAAUUUAGUGGUUCUGCUCUCUGUUAGCGCUGUGGUGGUUGUCCUUGCAAUAGUCCUAUCCAAAAUUAUAUACCCAACAGAUCAUGAACCUACUCCAAUUCGUGAAAAAGCAGCAGUACCGUUAGCUACGGACUCAGACAAUGACCAAGUUACAUUUGUUGAACUUAGAAAGGAACACGCCCAUUUUUUCUGUAAAAGGCAUGCAACCACCUCACUGCCUCAUGCCUAUAGCUAUACCUUUGCAGAAACCUUGUGCCAAGUUGUGGAGCUACAAGGAACAGGCCAAUCUGUCCUCUAGAUGUACAAUCAGAAAUGAAGACUUUAGUUACGUUUUGGUAUCAUUACUAUUGAUCAAAUUCAAUUUCUUGUUGUUUUCUUAUCAGAUUGCUGAAGAGGUAGGAUCUCAUUGGCAUCCAAUUGGCAUUUAUAUGGGCUUCAGUGGUGAAACGCUUACACAAUAUGAGAAACAGUUCAACGAGCCAUCUCGUCUUCUCUUUGAGAUUCUUGGCAAAUGGCAGAAACAGAAAGGCGAACAAGCAACAAAGAAUGAACUUUUGGAAGCUUGCAGACAAGCUGGUGUUAGAGGGGCAUGUGAAAGGGUUUUUAAAAAGAUGAGAAGGUGACAUCUCUUUUUACAAUAAUUAUUGUUGUAGCUCUGUUAGCUUAUGGGAGCACAAAGAAUGGGCUGUGACCCUCAUCACAGUUCCUUGUCUCUUAGCUAGCGUUGUUUUGGAAUUUUUGUAAACGACUGUAAAUCAAUCAUUAAGCUGUUGGUAACGCGUACAUAAAACUAAUAGACUUAGUAUGUUUGUAACGUAA